AUAUGAGCAGUGCUACAUAGUUAAUAAAGAAUUGUCAUGGGGUCUUCCUCUCUUUGCAUCAUGUUCAUGCGUGUGCUUUUCUUAGUUUCUCUGUCCCAGCUUAUUGUUCUCACUCAUUCUUCUCCUUCUAUACAGUCACUAUGCCAUGAUGAUGAGAGUUCAGCCUUGCUGCAAUUCAAAAACAGUUUCAGCAUAAAAAGGUCUGAAUCUAGUGACCCAUUGGCUUGUCCCAAGGUUGCAUCUUGGACACUAGAAGGUCAAAACAGUGAUUGUUGCGCAUGGGAUGGUGUUAUCUGUGAUGAGGACACAGGUCACGUGAUUGAACUUGAUCUGAGUAGCUGCAAUCUUUAUGGUUCAAUCAAUUCCAAUAGCAGUCUCUUCCAUCUUGUUCAUCUUCAAAGACUCAACCUCGCCUUCAACAACUUCAACUACUCUCAAAUCCCAUCCCAGGUAGGCAAUCUUUCAAGACUAACAUAUCUCAAUCUCUCUUCUUCCAUGUUAUCUGGUGAAAUCCCUGUUACCCUUAUGAACCUGACAAAGUUGACUUUUCUGGGGCUUUCGUCCAACAAUUUUCAAGGCCCAAUUCCAAGCUCAAUAGUCCACCUUUACAAUCUUGAGGUUCUUGAUGUUUAUAAUAAUAACUUGAAUGGCACCAUGGAACUUUGUAUGUUUCUUAAUAUGAAAAGCCUAGGCAUGUUGGAUCUUUCUCAUAAUGAAUUGUCAUUACUCAUUGAUGAAACAUGUACCAAUGCCACUUUGCCAAAGUUUUAUGGGUUAGAUUUGGCUGCAUGUAACUUGAUUGAAUUUCCAAAUUUCCUAAAAAACCAAGAUGGGCUACAGUGGCUAAGCCUAGCUUACAACAACAUUACUGGCCAUAUACCUGAGUGGAUGUGGCACAAGUAAAGAAAGUUUAAGGGUUAUGGAUCUUUCUUUCAAUUUUCUCACAGGCUUUGAUGGUCAAGUUCCAAUUCCUCUUCCAUGGACUAAUCUAGCCAUUCUAGACCUUAGCUCUAACCAGCUCGAAGGGUCACUUCCUAUUCCACCAUCCUCCACUUUGCGCUAUAAUAUUCCAAACAAUAAGUUGAGUGGAAGAAUUUCACAAUGGAUUUGCAACAUGACUUCUAUUCAGAUGCUUGAUUUGUCUAAUAACAGCUUAAGUGGUUCACUUCCUCAAUGUUUGAACAAGUUUGGUGAUUCUUUAUUAGUGCUUAAUCUACAAAAGAACAAACUUGAGGGAAGCAUUCCACAAACUUGGGCAAAGGGAACCCAAUUGCGAAUGAUAAAUUUUAGUGAAAACAAAUUCCAAAACCGGUUACCAACAUCAUUGGCCAAUUUAAUGAUGCUAGAGGCUAUUGAUCUUGGUGUCAACCAAUUCAAUGAUUCUUUUCCCUAUUGGUUUGGAAAUCUUCCAAAUUUAAUGGUUCUCUGUAUAAGGUCUAACAAAUUCAAUGGUCCAAUAGUCAUUCCUAAUGCUGAGUAUAAGUUUCCCAACUUGCGAGUCCUUGAUCUUUCCAACAAUAGCUUUUCAGGAAAGUUGCCACUAGAAAUAUUUCAGAAUUGGAAGUACAGGGAUUUUGAGAACGAAAGCCCUUUAACUUAUAUUCAUGUGAAGGCAAAUUUUACCAUACCAAAAGGUAGUUGGAAUUAUCAUUUGUCUUAUGAUUACAAUUACUCAAUGGCAAUUACAAACAAAGGCAUGAAUAUGGUAUAUCAAAGGGUCCAAGAGCUCUUUAGAGGUAUUGAUAUGUCAAGCAAUAGGUUUGAAAGAGAGAUCCCAGAAUCAAUUGGUGAUUUAAAGGUGCUUCAUUUGUUCAAUGUUUCCAAUAACUUCCUUAGUAGCAAUAUCCCAUUUUCAUUGGGAAAUCUUGCAGGGUUGGAAUCAUUGGACAUUUCUUUAAACAGACUCUCAGGGGAGAUCCCACAACAGCUAACACAACUUAAUUUCUUGCAAUAUUUCAAUGUCUCUUAUAAUAAUCUUACGGGACACAUACCAAGUGGGCAACAAUUUAAUACAUUUCAAAACAAUUCAUUUGAGGGAAAUUCAGGAUUGUGUGGGAGCCCAUUGACAAAUAAUUGUAAUAAUUUUGAUACUUUGCUGCCUCCAGCCUCAAUCUCAGAGAAUAGUGAAGAUUCAGAUUCUCCAUUUGAAUUUGGUUGGAAAAUAGUUGUGAUUGGGUAUGGAUUUGGUACAGUUGUUGGAGUGAUUAUUGGGCAUGUUGUGAUUGCAAGGAACCCUGAUUGGUUAAGGAAGACAUUUGGAAUGAAGCAACUUGGGAGGAGACAUAGAAAUUGAUUUAAUAAAUUUGGACAAGAGUCUUCCAAAGAUGUAAAUAUGUACUUUAUUUUUAUUUUUUCACUUUUCAACUUUUGGGUAUAUUUUGUGCUGGGAUUGCAUUAUGGCAUUUUAUGUAAAAAGUAAUGGUGACUUCACCGAUUUGGGAAUGUGAAGUAAUAGCACUAGCUUGUAUUCAAAGUUUGUUAUU